AUGGUGUUUAUUUAUUUGCAACUUAGGUAAUUAAUGAUUCUUCCGAAUUACAUAAUCUAAUUGAUUAAUAACAUUUAAAUGAAAAUAUUUUUUAUGAUAAUAAAAAUUUUAGCUUUUAUUUCUUACAAUUGCAGCACUGGUUAGUAGUACUUAUAUUUUUUUUAAAACUUCUUCAUGAGCAUGCAGCUAGCUAUCAUAAUUUACUAUUUUGCAUCUAAGGCUUUUAAGUUGAUAGAGAAUGAAAAUGUAAAAGUAUUUAUAAAGGGUAUUUUUGCUGUGAUAGUUCUAUAUAAUUUUGGCAUACUAAUAUUGAAUUUUGUUGAGUAAUAUGUAAAAAAAUCAGGUAGAGUUUGUAAAUAAAAUAUGUGGACGUACAUAAGGGCCAUAGAAUUACUUUUUUCCUUAGUAUUUGCAGGAGUUGGCAAAUAUGUUAUUAACAGAAUGGAGGAGCAAAUAAGCCGCAUCGGAAUCUAAUAAAAUACAGCUGAAACUUUUGAUACUUAAAAUCUACCAGCUCCUCUCUUAGAAAAUAUUUAUUAGUACAAUAAUAAAGUUGCUCAAAAAAAAAAGAUUUGGAUGCUUAUUAUUGUCAAUAUUAUAUCAGGCAUAACUGUGAAUGUAAAAAAUUUCUUAAUAUUAUAUAAUGGAAGAAGUGAUUGUAGAUAUAUUAGCCAUGGAGACGAUGAUUAUAAUAAUGGUAGAGAUGUUGCUGACGCCAGCAUAGUGUUUGUUACUAAGAUUCUUGUUUAUUAUUUACCUAUAGUAGCUUGUAUCUAUGUAUUUAAAUUAAAGAAAGAAUAAAAAUAAACUUUUGAGAAAGAAUAUUUUUAUGAAGAAGGAGUGUAUACUACUGCUUUAGGUAUGAAACCAAGAAGAGCUAAUUCUGAUGAAUGGGCUGAGCGUGAUUAUAGCAGUAAAUUAAUAAACAGGCCUAAAAAAGAUUCUGAAAUACCUUAAACACCUACAAGCUAAAUAAUUAAUAAAAGUAAAAAAACUUCUUAGAUUCAAAGUAAUAAAAUAUCAAGUCAAGAUAUGCAUAAAACAAAAUCUAUAAAUGCAAUUACUCCCAACAGUUUAGACUUAUGA